UCUCCAGAGCCAACCAAACUGUUUUGCAACCCAGAGUUGCCGUUUCCUUUCUGAUCACUCCGUUCACUUUGCUUUUCUUUUCUUUUGGCUCUGUUCUAUUUAUUUUUGCCAACACCAUUAUUCAUCAUCCAUCCUCAGUCAGCAAAGGUUUUAGCUAGUAGCUAGUAGUAAAGAAGUAAGACAACAAGAUGAAAUUGGAUCCAACUGUAAUGCGCACCAUGGACCGCAAGGACUAUCGUGUCCUGGAAGCGGUGGAAGAAGGAAUGAAGAAUCACGGCAUUGUUCCAGGACCCAUUGUAGCCAGUUUGGCCAAUCUACGGCACGGAGGUUCCCACAAGAUUAUUUCUUCUCUUCUAAGAGACAAACUGUUAUCGCAUGAAUGCAAGACGAAAAAGGGAGGCUACGAUGGAUACCGCUUGACCAAUGCCGGAUACGAUAUUUUGGCGUUGCACAAUCUCAAACAACGCGGAUUCGUCGUGGCGUUUGGAGAUCGGAUUGGAACGGGAAAGGAAUCCGAUGUUUAUCUCAGUUGUAACAAAGAUGGAACCCAACACGUCCUCAAAUUCCAUCGAUUGGGAAGAACAUCCUUUCGCAAUGUCAAGCAAAAACGAGAUUAUUUCAAUAACACAUCGAAACAACAUCAACCCAAUUCGUGGUUGUUCCUCAGUCGAUUGUCGGCCAUUAAAGAAUUCGCAUUCAUGAAGGCACUCCAUUCGGUCAACUACCCCACACCCACUCCCAUUGCUCAUAACCGACACGUCGUUGUCAUGAGUCUGGUACGAGGUGUUCCACUCUAUCAACUACAAACCAAUCAAGUCAGUGCCGCACAGGCACAAUCCAUUUUUCAAGAUGCCACCAACAUGGCCGUGCGAUUGGCACAACAGCACGGAUUGGUCCAUUGCGAUCUCAACGAAUUUAAUUUGUUGGUGGAUAUGAGUGGCGGCAUUCAACCCAACAACUCGGAAGAUGUCUACGUGAGACAUUCUGGCAUGUCCGUGGCACCCAGUAAAGGAGCGCUUUCGGGAAUGGGACCGUGGGAUGAACGAUACGAUCCUGCUGCCAUGGCAGCCAUGUAUGGUGAACAGUUGCAACCAGAAGAAUUGGAACCCCCCAAACCCAUUGCCACGCUAGAAGAAACAGGAGAACCCAAACCCAUUGUCACACUCAUUGAUUUCCCACAAAUGGUCAGUACGCAACAUCCCAAUGCCAAGGAAUUGUACGAACGAGAUUUGCAUUGUCUCGUCAAAUUCUUUGCACAAAAGCUGCAAUGCCAAAUUCCAAAGGAAGAUUUGACACAACACUUGCUCGAGUGGGACACCAUCAUAGAAGAACAAGAAGAGGAUGAUAAUGGCAAUACUACUUCUUCGCCAUCAUUGGAUCAGAAAGUAACCGUGCGACUCGAUGUCGAACUCAAGGCCAGUGGAUAUUCGGUGGAAGACUCCAAACGAGAACUAGAGUUGUUCUACUUUCAGAGCAAUGAACAAUUGAUGCAUUCCAUCAUGGUGGAGGAGCAAGACAGCGAGGAGGAUGACGAAGAGGACAACGAUAGUAAUGAUAAUGAUGACAACCAACAAGACAGCAACGAACAAGCAGCAGAGGAGGAGGAAGAUAACGCGCCAACACUUGUCGUCGUUCAGGAUGAUCCAACCAACACAACCAAUGUCAAAAGUAACAUCCACACCCAAAACACUACUACAAUCACCAAACACAACGAUCCGGCCCGUGACGACGACGAUGACGACGACGACGUGCCCGAAGUGGAAAACUUGUUGGAUGGUUUGACCAUUACCAAUAAUCCCUUGCGAGAAGAAGAACGGCGGCAAAUGGAAGAAAAGGCCAAGCAACGAGUAAGAAAACAGCUAGAAGAACAAAAGAAAAAGGGGAAAAAGAAGGGAGCCUUUCGUGCCACUCGAAAUCAAAACAAACGAUACGUCAAAGGGAAACGUGUCAUGGAUGACUUUGGAAUAUAAUAAUAACAAAGCAGCAGUGCGUGUUUUGAUAUUUAGUACCUUAGUAAAUUGCGUG